UUCGUUUAUUUCUACAGUUUCACAAUUAAUGCUAAGCACGACAGACGGUCAUCAUGUUAUCAAAAAGUUAUUUUAACACGCGUACCUAGUUAAAUAUUAUUAUUGCCUAUACAUAGGUCGCUUUAUAAAAAAUUACCUACAUUCGUGCGUAAUAAUAUUACAGUUAUAGUCAAAUGCGUCGAAUUAUUAUUAAAAUACUCACCGAUAACGAUAUUAGAUAGGUAUAGGUCGCGAUUUUCUAUAAUAAUAAAAAAUAAAAUUGAUUACUUACCUACUAACAGUUUCAAUCGAAAUAAUAUAAUAAAACUUUUUAAACGUGUUCUAUUAAAAUUUUUAAUUAUAUUGGUACCCAUAUUAGAAGAAAAAAAUGAAGACGAUUUUAGUGAUACUUCUAUCGGUUUUUAUCGAUUACUCAUAUUUGACCAGUGAGUUCAAUAUAACAAAAUUAAUAAUAUAAAUAAUUAAAUGUAUAAGUUAGAUAGAUUAUUAUUAAUAAAAAAGUUUUGUUUUUAUAAAAUUGUCAUGUUUAAUAGGAAGCAUAGACACAACUUUAAACUAUUGCUGUGACAUCGGAAACAUAUGGAACGUGGAAAACAAAUCUUGCAACAUCACCCUGUCGUUCCCUUUGCCAAACGUCGCCACUGAACACAAUUCGAUAUGUUUGACCACGGUAGGAGCGUGUUGUUUGCGUUCAUUGAGGUAUGUUUUUAUUAUAAGCUUCUCUUUCUUUUUCUUCUUUUGUAAUAUACACGACCGUUAUAAUAAAAAUCUAACCGUCAAACAUAUUGUUUUCUAUUAUCACACCAUUCUGUGCACCGCAAUUUGAAAAAUGUUCAACGGUUUUACAGCAUAUCAUUUAUGUUCACCUUAUCUUUCCAUCAUCUCAUAUGUGGGAGUCCCAAGAUUAUUUUUCUUCUUGAAAAAUAAUAAAACUUACUCUAGAGCUGCUACUUUCCUUUAAGCAUUAUGAUCAAUCCGCUAUUACCGACUUUUUUUAACUUUUAUGAUUAUAUAUCUGACAUCAGCUGAGUUCUUUGGGUUUUCGAAUUCUUCAUUCUCUUUCUCCGGCAGUAUUUUCAUCCUUGUUUUUUUAAUUAUAACAACUUUUUAAUCCAGCCAACUAGUCGAAAAGUCAUAAAAAAGUUAGAUUCGCAAAACUUGUAGGGAAACGUCGUAACUUUUGAUUUACUUUUUUCCAUCACUAACUUGUAAAUUUACAAUUAAUUUUAAAUUACCCAUCUAUAAUUCUAAACUACUCGAGUCAACGUAUAUUUAUUUACGAGAGUCAACCAUUUUAAUAAUUUUGAUUUUAUUUCAUUAUUUUAAUAUUUUAUAUUUGAAAAACUUAGUUUUUCUUUCAUUAUAAUUUAUAAAUGUAUACUUUAUACCCAUCUACCAAAAAAAAAAAAACAAGUCACUGUAACUUACUCUAGCUACAGUUGCUAUAAAAAAUACUAUGUUGCUAUAAAAAAUCGAUAGGGACUCUCAGUUGAUAAAGAAUAAAUAUUAUUUUCGAAAUAAAAUAUAAUAAAAAGUAAAGAGUAAUAGCUAUAUUUGUUGUUAAACUAUAUAGAGAAACGCGAUGUAACGAGGGUAAGCAGGUCGGGUUAAAUAAUGGAAUAUGCAAUGUAAAAGGCCAACCGGGAAAAAAUCAGGUAGAUUUUAUGGUACGUAUAUAAUAUUACUAUAUUAUACUUAUUAAUUAGUUAUUAGUUGAUGUAUUGUUUUUUGACAUCAUUUUUGUUUUCAAAUUUGUAUACGCUAAUCAGUAUAACUUAUUACAUAAGUAGGUACCUAUGAGGUGUACAUAAAUUAUAUAAAGUACGUGUGGUGAAAUCAAAAAAUGUUAUAAAUAACAAGUUUUAAUAUUUUUUCAUACUGCUGCUGCUUCAAUACUUUAAAAAAUCAUUAUAAUGUACUAUAUUAUUUUUUUAACUAUGUAAAUUAGCUUUUCAUCGUAUAGGUUAUUAUAUAAUUUAUAGUGUACUUAUGGAUAUUAAAAAUACUAGCAUUUGUUUGUAUAAAACGACUAAUACACACGAGUACGUACUCGUGUGUAUAAAUGCAAAACAAUUGUUUUGUAAUAUUUAUUACUCGUGGUAAUAAUAUGAAAUUACCUAAAACACCAGCUAUUUAGAUGAAUAUUAUGAGAACAAAAUAUCUCGACAUAAUAUUUUUAAUUACCUAAUUGUAUACAUACGCCAUCAAAUUCCAAUGUAUAAAUGCAUAAUACCUAUAUUAAAAAUAAAUUCAAUUACCAAAAAAAAGCUCUAAGAAUGAAAACAUAGUGAAAAAUAAUUGUUCACAUCCAGUAACACAAAUUCAAAUAAAUUUGCAAUUAGAAUUUAAUAAAUUUAAUUAAUCAAACGAUUAUGUAAUUAUUGUAAUUGUUUACUACAUAUGACUAAAUUGUAUUAAUACGAGUAUAGAUGUGUUGUGAAAUAUGUAAAAUUGGAAUUGCUGUCGCCUUAACGAAAACGAACUGUCAAUCGAUUCCAUUUUUUUACAAUCAUCAAUGGGGCACAGUGUACCAGUCGUGUUGUAAUUCUGAAGCUAGUAACAAAGAAAAACUAAUUGCGAUCUGUAAGUUAAAUAGUAUUUCUAAUAGAAGAGGUGAAACGAAAUAUUAUGAGAAAGUAUAUACCUCCCGCGAUCUCAUUUUCCUUCAAUAAUUAUAAUAUUAAUGUAUCUUAUAUUAUCUAUAUAUUCAUAACAAAAAUUAUGUAAAUAAUAAUAAUUGUUAAACAAUUAGCCUUAUCCUCUCUCAUGAUCAAUUAAUUUGACCACCGCUGAUUUCUAUAUUCUAUUUCUUCGUUAUCCUUUAUUUAAUACCUAUACAAGUAUUAAAAUAUAUCAUAUAAAUUAAGAUUUUUUUUUCGUUUUCUCAGGGUUAUCCGGGCCACUAGGACUACUCAUCCCGUCACACGUCCAAUUCUUCAAUAUUCUUUCCGUCAGUUACUCUUAAUUUUUAGUCUGAUCCUCUAUUUAGACAUUUCAUAUCACUCCUGUUCAUUGUAUCUUUCCAUUUCAAAUGAGGUUUCCGAGGAGUCUCUUUCCUUUCUGGGUUUGCCACGCAUAAAAGUGUUGUCUGACAUAUUUUAAUUACGAUUGUAUCCAACAUAAUAUGAUUUUCUCUUUCUAGAAGAGUCCCUCUAGCUCGUUGUUCUUCCUUAUUCUCCAUUCACCGUGGUCCUAUUCUCUUGAACUGAUCCGAAUAUUUCCCUUCAUGCAACAAAUAAAUUUUCUUUUUAUCCAAUUUCUUUAAUAGUCAUCGGCACAAACACACCCGAAGGGGGGGGCCAGGGGAGCCAUAGCACCGCUAUUUUUAUAACUUUAAAAAUUAGGGUUACAAAAAUAAAGAAAACGUAACAAUUAAGAAUACAUAAUUUUAAAAAGUUUUUAUAAAAGUCAUUUAUUUGAAAAAAUAUGUAUUUCACGGAAAAUUUGACUGUAACAUGAAAUUUGUAAGAUCCUGUACAUAAUUUUUAAAAUUUUUUUGAUUAUAGAUAAAAAUCCUUGUAUCGAUGGAACGCAUGAUUGCAAAGUCACCGAAAAAUGUAUAACUACACCAAACGGAUUUGAAUGCCAGUCUCAACAAUCGCCGUCGCCGCUGUUGAUGUUUCCCAAGAAUGUUAUAUUAAAUAAAAACAAACAAAAUUGUAGUAUAGGAUAUGAAUUCGAUUCGUUUGAAAAACAGUGUAAAGGUCGGUGUAACUUUGAUUAUUCGUAUUUUAGAUUUGGAGCCUAGCAAUGAAUGUAUUGAUUUUACAAUGAUGUUCGUUUAUUUUUAUUUAUAAGAAACUUUUCUACCAGAAAUCUUUAUCCAAUGUAUCAAGUAUAGCACUUUUUCUGAAGGGAAAUUGUACCUACCUGAUGCUUAGGAAAGUCAUUUUUUGAUUGUCCAAUCGGUUUUCAAAAUAAUUGCACAAUACCGGAGAAAAAACGUAGGAAAACGGUAAAAUGUAUGCUUUUAUUAUUUUAGAUUCUGAAUAGAGCGAAGAAGUUUAUGGUUUUGCAAAGAUGUUUAUUAUUAUUGCGUUUUUUUUCUUCAUUGCGCUCCAAUUUCUAAUGAUAACAACGUUUCUAAAAGGAAAUCCGACUGGGGGGAUACUUUAGAGAGAUCAUUUUUCGAUUUUAUCAGGAAUUUUUCCAGCAAAUGUGAAAAACUGGAAAAAAAACCACGGGAAAACCGAGAAAAACAUAGGAAAACCGGGGAAAUCGGUACAACAUUAAAAAAAUAUUAUUAAAGAAAAUAUAUAAAGCCUAUUUAAUUAUUUUACUAUAAUAUGGUAUAUAUAUAUUGUUUACAAUGCAUCACUAUCAAAUCCACUCAGAAUCGUUUUUUUUAUAAGCAAUGGUUUUUUGUUGCUUACAGGUAUACAUUAAAUUACCAACAACAGUAGCUGCAUCCGUUCCCAUUAUUCUAGGACGUCUUUUUAAUUUUUUUUUUUUUGUGUCGUAGUUAAAAAUAUUCGUAGAUUUGACAUUUUGACAAAUAACUCAUAUUUGCCUUUUCUAGACGCGGUAAAUGGUAGUUUUUUAAUUUUAAGUUUUAGUUUGGUAAUUGGUAGGUACACAGUACACAGCUGUAGGAAAAUUUUUCGACUCAACUAAAAGGCAUACAAAUUUAACAGAAAGUCCAUUAUAAGUCGUACUUAAUUGUAAAAAAAAAAAAAAAACGGACCCGACCGUCUCGCCACUGUACCGACUCGGCGGCUUGCCGACUCCGCCGCACCGUCUGGCCGACGUACUAUCACGCCGCCGCCUCACUCGUGUUCAAUUCACCACUUUAUAUGUACAGUAUACACACUAUAUUGCGAGAUUAUUCUUUUUCGUUUAAAACCUUUAACCAUAACUCAGUUGUUUUUCAAGGCACAUUGGUAAGAUCUUCAUUAGUAUAUAUUAGGCUGGUUCUUAUUUAUGAACUUUGAAAAUUUCAAUGGGCUACCCCGCCAUUUUGAUCGUUAUUAUAAAAAAAAUUUUUAAUAGAAUUUGGUUUUGAUAACUCACUCCUUUCACGUGUCGCAAGGUGGUUGAAAAAUGACCAAAUUGCGUAGUUUUAUGGUUUUUUGAGUUUAAGUGAAAAACUAUUGCAUUUAUCGUAAAACUGUUCAUUAACUUUUAAAUAGAUCUUUAAUUGCCUAUAAACAAUCUUUUAAACAUUUGUCGAUAAAAUCGUUAUUAUCCAAGGAAAUUCAUAUUAUUCACAGAUUUAAAUAAUAUACGCAUAUUGCACAUAUCUAUAUACUCUCUUCGAAUAAUCUUAAUUUAUAAUAAUUGUUAUUUUUCAAUUUAAUUAAAAUUAAUUUUUAUUUUUUAGAUUGCAUAUUGUUUUAAAUCUUUUAAAUUACUCUGUUUCACGUUUUUACGGCUAUUUAGUGUUUUAUGUUUUAAACUUCACUGUUUCAGCUUUUUAUUUGAAUGACUGUUGCUUUAUUUCUCUCUCAAAAUGAGUAACAAUAAUUUACUCGUUUUCAUUUGAUAUUUGUAUACAAUAUUAGGUGUAGGUGUUAUAAUCAAUCAAGGCUUGGUUAGUGUGACCAGAUCCGAUUUAGACAGAACGGUACCCACUUUUUAAGGAACACCCCGUUAAAUUUUUAAGUCUUGUCGAGACGAUAAAAUGUACCGAUUUUCAUUAAACAUUACACUUUUAUUCCGAUUCCAUAAUUAUUGCAAAUAGUAUCAUUAGUGUGGCGGUACGACGCGCGGCGUGUUAAUAAUGCAUCACUUCUCUCCUUCAACUUAAAAUUAAAAGUAGUAUAUCUCGUAAACGACUUCACGAAAAUCAAAAAUUUCAACACUAAAAUUUAUUUCAAUUAAUAUUCAAUCUAUUUAUGGGCUUUUUAAUAUAGAUUUCCAUUUAAAAAUCAAAAGUAAGUAGUGGUUUCAUCCCUAAAAAUAAUGAUGACAACAAAUAACACGAAUAUAAAAUUGUGAAGUAGCUCGUUUCUUAAGUGUUCUAGAAAACAGAUUUCGGAAAAAGUUAAUACUUUCUGAGAUAAUGAGUGUACACAUUUAAAUGAAUCACUUGGUAAUGUGCUCGACGAUAUAUAUAAAGAACUUCCCUUCGACCUUUUUCACUAAUAAGUACGAACUAUAUAGUCAAUAUUACAGAAUCAUUUACAGCAUGUUUUUCACAUAACUUGCAAAAAGCACCAUAACGUUGAACAUCAAAAUAAAGCCAUGGAAAAUCAUUUUCCCAAUUUUUAUUAAAAAAAACCUUUUUUCUUUACUUUUUUUGAAGAGGUAGUCGUAGGCGAUGAUAAGCAAUCUACCUAAAUCCGUGUCAUGAUGAGAAUCUUGGGACUUUGAAGUUUUUUGUAAAAAAUAAUCUGUUAUGGUUCUUUUAGACAUUUUUGUUACGAAACAACACAUAGGUACAAAUGAUAAAGCAGAACUGAUUAAACUUAUUAUUUGAUUUCCACGUAUCGUGACAAUAGAAACGUAGUUCUAGAUUAUAUCAUAAUCCAGUCGUCAUCAUAAAUUGUAAUUCGUAAUUAUUAUUUUUCGUUAUCUUAUAAAUACUAUAAUUUUGGAAAAGUCAGACUGAAAUAGUACCUAAACGGGCUAUACGGUAUAAAAACAUUGAUAAAAAUUAAUUAUAUUUUAUUGAACACCAUAGUAGGUGAGGUAAUCGUAACAACAUUAUACAUUUGCUCCCAUUUGCCCCUCAAAAAUUGAAAAAUAACACAAAAAAUCUUAAAUACUUCAAUUAUGCAUAAAAUAUCAAUAUAAAAUUUCAUAUUUGGAGUCCCUGGCGCAUAAAAUUAAUAUAAGUUCACUUUGCUAUUUUUAUCUGUAUCCUAUAAUAAUUAGUAAAUGCUUUAAAAUCCGAGCCGUGGUUAUACCUGUAACAUAAGUUUACUAUUUGGUAUUUAUUAGUUGACUUCAAUGAUGUAUUUAAUAUAAUAACAUAACUAUUUCGUAUAAGUUCACACACACACACAUACACACACACACACACACACACGCACAGAUAUUAUGCACACAUGUAGUGUUAGUAAGAUAUUUCAUUUUUGAUUGUAUAAUAUUCGCCUUCUUCCCCGUAAUAUAAAUUUGAAUCCGCCCCUGUAACAUCUACUUUUAAAGUACUUAGGCAUUCAUUUAUAGAAAACUAACUUUUGCAUACGUGUGUGAGAGAGACACAAAAUUAAUCCCUCUGGAAUUUGUUUUCGCGCAUCUAUGUCACUGCCAUUCAAUAGUUUACUAUUACUUAUACGUUUUUUUCACCUGUCCGAGUUUUUUUUCGAACACUAAAACCAUGUUUUUGUCCACGCCGUCACCGUGACUAAAAUUUGGAGCUCCCCAUCAUCGAUCACCGACGACGACGCGUUCACUUCCACAAUAGUUUCGUUUUCUCUCCUUCAUUUACCUUUAAUCCCAUUUACGAUUUUUUCUCCACCAACACGUUAUCACUUUACAUCCUUCAUCAUCACGUCGUUUCUUCAUCAAUCAAUGCCCUCGUAUAAUAUCCCCCCUUAUUUUGUAGUAUUAAUAUCCACUAGCCAAUUUUCACACCGAAUAUUUCUGCAUGUUAUAUUAUAAUGCAGGGUGUCCUACAGUAUUAUCCAAAUACUAAUAACUGUCCAUACAUAUAUUUAUUUUUGUUUCAAUCGGAUUUCGUGUCAGGAAAAAUUAAAGCCGAUAUAACUAAGAAACUAUUAUUUGGAUAUGAAGGUAUGAAUGGUAUGAUGAUUAUGAUACGUUCAAAUUUUUAGAAUAAUAUAUUUUGAAAAAAUAAAAUAAUUUUUUUUAGUAAUUAAGGGGUGAAAAUAAAAAAAUAGCAUUUUUUUCUACAUUUGUAUCUCCCGACACAAAAUCCGAUUGAAAAAAAAAUGAACAUUGACAGUUAUUAGUAUAAUAACUUAUUAACAUUCAGAUAACAAUGUAGGACAACUUGUAUAUUUGCACUUUUCAUUCAAAUGGUAUUAGUUAUUACAGAUUCGACCGCAAUUUUAUGUUAGAUUUUUCACAAUUUUGAAAUUAUUGUUAGUAAAAAUAUACAUGUCUUUAAUUUUUGAGACAUUUUAUAGACAAUAAAAAUUUCAAUGAUAAUAAUAAAGACAAAAAAUAUAAAAUUUAAAACAAAUAUACACUCAAAUAAAUUUAUUUGGCUCAUUUUUUUCUUUUAUAGAUAUCAACGAAUGUAUAAAACGGCCGUGUGAUAUAAAUGAACUAUGUGAAAAUACAAAUGGAAGUUUUAAAUGUCAUUGCAAAAAUGGGUUUCAAUUGGACCAAGUAACUAAUGCUUGCACAGGUAAUAAGUUAGUUACAGGUAAAAAGAAGUAGGUUUUUGACGUUUUCGGGUUAUAAUAUUAUGCUUAAAACACACGACUUCACAAUAAUUUUUAACCGAAUAACAAUAAAAACCUAAAUAUCGUACACUUUGUCGUAUUUUUUACGUUUUUUCUGGGUUUUCGUAAUUAUAAGGAAAAAUAUACGGGGAAUAAAAUAACGAUUUGCUUUUUUACAAACUAGACAAAAUUUUCUUUCAGAAAAUAUGCUUUUCUUGAAAUUUGGAUAAAUAUUUCUGGUAGAAAAAUAUGACUUUACAAAUUUUAUAUAAUGAAAUCGUUGCGCUGUAAUUUUUCCAAAAUUAUUGUGAAAACUACUUUGGAUACAAAAAAACGGCUUUCUUAAAUAUAUUAAAAGGAAAAAUAUCGUUUUUUUCUCAUUUUUUUAUUUGAGCAAUAUUUCUGGUAGAAAAUUUAGUUUGAAAAAAUUAAAAACAAUGAAUUCAGUAAUGCCAAGCAUUAAAUAUUUGCCGUUUUAUGAUUUUCUUUCCGGUUUUUCACAAUUAUUUCGAAAACCCUAUGGAAAAUUAAAAAAAUGGUUUGUUUAAUGCACUAACUAGACAAAACAUUGGAGCAAUAUUUCUGGUAGAAAAGUUAUUUACAUGUAGAAAAUUAACAAAAACACAUAUUAUAGUAGAACCAUUGUAAAAAUUAUCAUAUAGUAGAAUCUAUAAUAAAUAUUAUUUAUUAUGUAGGUAAAAAGUUAGUUUGUAGUGGGUACCUAGCGUUAUUAGUGUUUUCGAAAAUUAGUUAUUUCUGAAUUAUUUAAUUAUAUUUAAAAAUUUGUAUGGGGGUGUGGAAGACAAUGUCCCCCCCACGGGUUGGGUUGUGUUUAAUAAUUGAAAGGGACACUAAUGUGUUAUGUUUCCCCUUUUGUUUUUUCAACUCUAGCACUGCAUCUAAGUAAACCAAUCGGAAGGCUGAAGACGAGUGUAUUAAGUACUUAUAUAUUAAAUUAUGAAAUUAUAAAAUUAUUAAACAUUUAAAGCUAAAGUAUAAUAAAAUGAAUAGGGUUUGUUUCAUAUUUAUCUAAUUUGAAGAUCGAUAGCUUAGGCAAAUAUUGGUAUUAAUCUUAAUUUAUUUAUUAUAAUUACGUUCGAAUAUUUAAUAAUUCUAUAAUUUCAUAAUAUAUAUAUACAUAUAUAUAUAAUCAUGUAUACAAUUUAUCAUUAUUUCUAAAAUAUUAUUAGUACCUAUCUAGUAAAUUAGUGUUAUAUUAUUUUAGUAAAACAAAAAAUAUGUAGGCCAUUGUAUGUACUAAAACGAUAUGCCUAUACCUAUAGGAUAAAUCUCCAAUAACUGUAUAUAUGUUACAGUUAAAAUCCGAAAUCUGUCAAAAUUAGUUUUAACUACAGAUUUAAAUAAGUCAGUAAAAACUAGUUUUUACUGAAACGUAUAUAUUCCAACCUGCACUACCUAAAACGUAUGUAAUUACAUGUAAUCUAUAAAUAUUACUUCAUAAAUUCGACUGGCCGGCUAUCAAUUCAAUUAAAAUAACUUUAACCAGUCGUCCAUCAGAUCACUUUUAGAUAUGAUAACUUAUUAUAAACGAUUAUACCUAAUAGAUAAUAAUAAUAAUUCGGCUGCUGUAGCUUUGGUCUCCGUAUUUUCAGUUUUGCCAGUUCGUUAGUCUUCGUUGUAGUUGUUGUGCCUACGUGUGUGUUUGUCACCCGCAACUAGUUUAAGCUAUCAAAAUAAAAAUUAAAUAAUUUUACUAGAUAGUUCUAGUUUUUACCAAUAUAUUUCAGACUCAAGUAGUUCGAAUUAAACAAAAAUAAGUCAAAUAUAGUUUUACCAGUAAAGUUCUUAGUUAAAACUAGUUUUGACAGAUUUCGGGUUUUAACUGUAAUAUAUAUAUAUAUAUAUAUAUUGUAUAUGAAACAUACAAAAUAAAAAAAAAAAUUGGUAGGUACACAUUUAGAUAAAAGUCCUACUUUAAUAUCUAAUUGACGGCUCGGCACCAGAGGAUCACGUAUCAACCAAAAAUGGAUUUUUUUUUUUUUUUUUAACACAUAUUAAGCUAUAUUUUUAAACAAUUUCUAUUAAUCAAUCUCCAGAAAAAAAUGCAUUUGGUUUACACAUUCCUCUGGUUUCAAGCCUACAAUAAAACGCAAAUUAUACCUAUGUGUACGUAUAAAAAUAUUAUCUUAUAUAUUUAAUAUGUGUACCAUUUCACAUUUCAGAUAUAAACGAAUGUCAAUUGAACACACACACGUGCCAAGAGUUUCAGCGGUGUGAUAACACAAUCGGUUCGUAUCAAUGUGUCCGAAUCACCGGAUGCGGAACCGGGUACACGCUUGACGUCGAAUCCGCUUUAUGCAUAGGUCAGAAUAAAAUCAUUGUGAAUUAUUAUACGAUUAAAGCUGUCCUACAAAAAUAUAUUAUAUUAUGUAGGUGCCUUUUGUAGAAAUCACAGGACAACGUCAUUUGUAUUAGUCAAUAUUAUAGGCAUGUGACAUCGUUUUCAAAUCGGAUUUCCGUGCAAUGCGUAGUUUGUGUUCCAAUUUCCGAGACACAAUUAAUGCAUAUUGCAUAUACUACUGUUAUCUAUUUCAAUAUUUAUUUCCGUUUUGCCAGACACAAACGACAAAAUAUUCUAAUAUUAUCAUCAAUGUUGGUAAUUUAAAUCGGUGCGCUGCGCCGCACCGGCAGUAACGUGGCCAAAUAAAAAAAAAUCUAUUGCUGCGCGAUAAUUUCGUCCGUCAAACCAAUCAACCAAUUAAUUAUUAUAAUUUUUCUAUUUUUUUAGAUUCUGAUUAGAGCUAGUUAUGUAAUGGUUUUAUUAUGGUGUGUUUUUUUUAUUAAAUUUGUAACGUAGUGAGUAUUUUUUGAUUUUCUAAUCAAAGCGGUUUUCAUAAUUAUUGAGAAAAUACGAGAAUAAAUGUAGGAAAAACGGGACAAACCGUAAAUAUUACGGCCUUUCAAAAUAACCGAACUCCCCUCAGAAUCGUUUUUCUCCUCUAACAAAUUUCUCCUCUACCUUUCUAACUUCUCACCUCCAACAGUGAUCCAGCCAUUGUGCGAAAUAUGUCGUCUAUUUUUGUAUCCGUAAGCAAUUUUUCGGCCAGAAAACUUACUCUAAUCGAAAAAUGUUAAAAGACCCUUUAGUUGCAUUUUGAAUCUAGUUGGUUAGAAAAUUAAGUCAUUUUUUAAUUUCUAUUUUAGUUUUCCUAAUAAUUGAUCAAAAUCGGGAAAAACCGAAAAAAGAAUAGGAAAGUUUAUGAAAAUGUCAGUUAAAAAUAUUUGUUGAAACUUGACAUAUUGAGAGGUACUUUGUAUAUACUAGGUACUUUAUGGAAGUAAAUUGUAAUUGUCCCAUUUUUAAUGUAUUAUUUUAAAUUUCGUGUUUCUGUUGUAGUUUAGUUUAAAAUAUUCGUACUCGGAAUUUUGACAAAAAUUUAUAUUUGCUUUUUCUAGAUGUGGUAAAAUUUGUAUAAACUUUGGCGAGUUUUAAGAUAUUUAUAGGUAUUUUAUGUUUGCAAAUUUUUUACGUAGUUUUUAUUUGGUAGAUAUUGUGUAGAUAUAAUUAUUUGACCAAAUAAAAAUAUUUGACAAUUUAACUGGAGAUUCAUUGUAAGUUGUACUUAAUGGUAAAACAAAAGUAUAAGUGUAAUGAAGUAAUUUUUUUUUUAAUGGUUUUAAGAUCAAAUUUUGAUAAAAAUCUUAAAUAUGAUGGCUUUUCAAAUCAUGUACAAACGAACUUCGUUUAGAAUCGUUUUUCGUAGGCCAUGAUUUUUUGUUGCUUAUAUAUUUAAAUUAAAUAACUUAUAUUUAUCCUAUCUUCCGAAUUUUCCUCCUACAGCAGUAGCACACCCGUUAACAGUAUCAGUUCUCUUCUUAGUGGUUGUCAACAACUUUUCUACGAAAAAUGUUGCUCCUGUCAAAAAAUGACAAAAAACUUUUUAUUUAAUUUUGGGUACAUUUGGUUCAACUAGUCGGUCAUUUUAUGAUUUUUCAAGAGUUUUUAAAUGAGUUGGAAAAACCCGAAAAACAACGUGUAGGAAACAUGGAUAGAUAUUUACAGCGUUAACGAUUUCAUUCCCAAUUUCAAAAGAGUAACAUCUACUCUUCUUUUUUAAAAGAAAAUUUUUCUAGUUAGUGUGUAAGACUGAGUUCUUUUUCUAUGUAAUCAAUCAUUAAAUUUAUAUUUUGAUAUUUUAUUAUUUUUUAAACUAUUUUGUUAUACUGAGUAAUAAUAUGAUAAUAAUAAUUUUGAGUGAAAAAGUUUUUAUUUUUACGAAGAUGUGUUUUUUUUCUCGGUUAGCAAAAUGUCCCAAAUUGUUUCUAUUGUCGUAUUUUACUUCAUACAGAAUUACACUCCACUAGAAAUGGAAUUCAUCCAUUGCUACUCUAGUGGUGGACUAAACUCAAAAUGAAGAGGAUACAUGCGAAUAUCACGUCCUCGAGUACCUAGAGUAAAAAAUGUGUUUUUCUCUAUAAUCCGGUUGUUUACAGAUGACGACGAAUGUCUGUUGAAGACGGAUACUUGCGGCGCUUUGGGUCCGGACUGGGUAUGUAGAAAUACACAAGGUUCAUUCCGAUGCGAGAAGAAACGGUGUCUGGGACAAAAUUGCCGAGUCCAAAGCGGAAAUAAUAUUUACAACAAUAUAAACGUCACUCAAGUGGCCACGAAAUGUUUACGAGGCUUCAAAACGGACAACUACAACAAAUGCAUAGGUAUAUAAUAUUGAUCACGUCAGUUAUACCUAAUAUCCGAUGGUUAAAGAGAAAAAACUUAGAAAAUACUAAUUUUAAUAAUUCGAUGACAAUAAUUUAUUUAUUUUUUUUUCUGUUUUUCCUUCCAUAAUACUUCAUAUAUAGACAUCAACGAAUGCCUCGUGUCUAAUAGAUGUCUGAAAAAUGAAAUAUGCGUCAACACGAACGGAAGUUACUACUGUUUGCCCAAGUCGAGAAUUACCGCACUAUGAAAGAGAACCUAGCGGUACCGCUGGAAAAUAAAAUACUUAACUACUCGUACUUACAUCUACAUAAGUUUCACUAAAGUUAUUAUCAAAUAAUUAACACAAUAAAAAUGUGUGUACCUAUAAUUAUUGUGUAUAUAUAUAUAUAUUGUUUAUAAUAUAUAACAUAUAGUAUAUUCUACGUUUAACUGCAAGAAUUGUUUAUUUGAGAACUUCAAAACCGUGAUAAUCACUCGAAAUUCGAACUUAUAAUAUAUUUUAGAAAACAAUGUCAUCAUACAAUUUUUCAUUUUCCGAAAAAAGUCUACCUAUUCCACGCAUAAAUGGAAAAUCUAACGAGUAUUUACUAUACUAAUAUAUGGUAAUAAAUUAAACUAACAAAUAAAGCAAGAUUUCUGGUAGAAUUUUUGUACACAGUAUAAAUAAAUAAAUAAUAAAUAAAC